ACUGCGUUCGUGGCGAUUCCGGACUCUUGCAAUUUCCUCGGUCUGGUCUGACGACUCCGUGUCGUUUGCCUGUUCGCUCGCUCGAUGUUGUGAGCUACGACAGCCCAAAUCGCACUCCAAUUACCGGGUUUUCAACGUAAACGUCGCCCAAGAUAAUAAUGCUGACCUACUGUGAUAGCCGCGGCGUAAGAUACGUCUUGUCCACGGUUUUUUUGGUAUUCCUACAGUCAUCAUGUGUGAGUGGAGCUGCAAUACAUCUCACACAUGAAAAUAUUGAAAUGACCUUAGCCUCAAAUGAAUUGGUGUUUAUAAAUUUUUAUGCUGAAUGGUGUCGUUUUAGUAAUAUUCUACAACCAAUUUUCGAUGAAGCUGCUGAUAAAAUUAAAGAAGCUUUUCCAGAGGUAGGAAGAGUUGUUAUGGGAAAAGUAGACUGCGAUAAAGAAUCUAAAGUUGCAUCUAGGUUUCAUAUAACAAAAUAUCCAACACUAAAAAUUAUACGAAAUGGCCAACCAACUAAAAGAGAAUAUAGAGGCCAACGUUCUGUUGAAGCAUUUGUAGAGUUUGUAAAGAAACAAUUAGAGGAUCCAAUCAAAGAAUUUCAAGAUUUGAAAGAGCUUCAUAAUCUUGAUGAUAAAAAGAGAAUGAUUAUAGGAUAUUUUGAUAGGAAAGAUGUACCUGAGUAUCAACUGUUUAGAAGAGUAGCCACAAAUUUGAAAGAUGACUGUCAAUUCCACGUUGGAUUUGGCAUAUGUUCCAAAGAAAAAUGUGAUAUUGGACAGCAUUUAAAUUUGUUGGAUGCCAGUAAGGCUAUGCAUCCACCAGGUGAACCAAUCAUUGUAUUCCGAUCUGACAGAGCAUUGUCAAACGAUGACAAUGAAACAUACAAGGGUAGCUUAGCAAAUUAUGAUGAAUUAAACAUUUGGGCACAAGAAAAAUGUGUUCCACUUGUUAGGGAAAUAACAUUUGAAAAUGCUGAAGAGCUUACUGAAGAAGGAUUACCAUUCCUUAUAUUGUUCCAUGACCCAAAAGAUUUGGAAAGUGUGAAACAGUUCAAAGAUAUUUGUUCGACUGCUUUGGUUGAUGAAAAACAAAAUGUGAAUUUCCUUACUGCUGAUGGACACAAGUUUGCUCAUCCCCUUCAUCAUUUAGGAAAAAGUGCCUCGGACUUACCAUUGAUAGCAAUUGACAGUUUUAGCCAUAUGUAUUUAUUCCCUAAAUUUCAAGAUAUGUUUAUACCUGGUAAACUGAAAGGUUUUCUCCAAGAUCUGUACUCUGGCAAAUUGCAUAGAGAAUUUCACUAUGGGCCUGAUCCUAACUCUAAUGUAACUCAAAUAGUGCCAACAACACCACCUGAAUCAACAUUUAAAAAAUUGGCACCAAGUAAAAAUAGGUACACGUUACUUCGAGAUGAAUUGUAAAAAUGGUUGUAUUAAAUACAAUUAUGAAUGAAACAACAAACUGGACAAGAAUUACCAUCAUUUAAUCAGUGCAUAUAAAAAUAACAUCUUUUUUUACAGAGAUUGACUCUGUUUAAGAUAGUGAAAUGAAACUAUGUAAUAUGGAUACAGUUUUGAAAGACUCAACCAGUGACAACAAUUGUACAGUUGCCCUAUCAAAAUUAAUGGGUUUUUAAGCAGAGUUGCAUUACAAUCAUUGUAAAACGCUAAAGUGUUUAUUGUCUACGUUGCUUCAUAUUUAGGGAUUUUAUUUUUGGAAUGGAAGUAUGAACCGAUAUAUUUUGUAUGUAUGAAUGAAUAAAUGAAAAUAGAUAGAUUUUUUUGAGCGUGAAACGCAUCUAUGUCAAUAGCAGAGUUAUGAAUACUAAGAUUAUGGUUACAAUAACUUUGAUUUGCACGAUAUUCUUCAUAUAAUUAGCAUUUUGAAAUAUUCGAGAAAAUUUUCAAGUGACUUAUUACUUAUAUAUUUUGCUCAAUAUUAGAAAUAUUUGUGUAUUUUUAAUGUUAUUGAUGAGACAAUUGAAGAUAAUGUUGAAGAGAUCCAUCGCUUCCGUAUGCCAUGUAAAGUUUUCAAUAAUCUAAAAACAUAAGUUAUAAAACAAAGAAAACUUUGAAUUUUUUGGAAAUAAAAAUAUUUUUUCAUUUUGCCUAACCCGAAAUGCACAUGUCUCAAUUUGUAUAGAAGUGUUUUAAAAAUGUAUUUUAUACAUUUCUCUAGUGUUAACAUCAAAGGUUUUGGUAAAGAUUUAUUUCAUUUUGUAAGAAUGUGACUUAAUUUAAUUUUUUGUUUCUUUUAGAGACAAUGUUAUUCUGUGAAUUCUAAUCACAAUCUUUUCUUAUAAAAUACCAGUAAAAUGUUUAAAAAAGAAUAUUAUUUAUAAAGGUAAUAACAGUUGCAGAUUUAUCGAAACAAUAAAUUAUCAAGUAGAUACUUGGAAAUAUCAAACUUUUAAUGUAUUAUUGAACAUGUAUUCACGAAAUUUUCGAUUGAGAAAUACUUAUACAUACAUAUAAUAAAAUUAGAAUGAGAAUUAUCUUUAAUACUCUAGAUUUUUGCUACUCAUGUGCUGUUCGAACAAUGGAACAUCGAAUUAUGUUAUUGGCAUGUCUACAGUUACUCAUAGUAAUAGGAAUAAAUUGUACAGCAUAUUAAAUAUUUUGAAUACUGAUUUUGGUUUUGACACUUCCUUGUAUUGACUUUUAUUGUUAAUGAAUUUUUUCUAAGUCAUGAAUUGAUCUUUAACAUUUAAUAUGUACGUCUUUGUAUCCUUUUUUUACGUCAAUCAAUAAAAAUUUAACAGAUUUACA